AUGGCGGCGAUUGAUCUGUCAAAACCUGUAAGUUCUUCCAAGCUUCUCGCUGCGAUUGAUAUGGGAACCAAUUCAUUCAAGAUGUUGGUGGUUCGAGCGGAACCAAAGGGUAAGUUCCUUGUGGUUGAUCGGAUCAAGGAAUCCGUUGUCCUUGGAAGCGGAAUGCUUGCAGAUGAUGCCGCCAUCUCCCCCGACGCCCAAAACCGAGCUAUCGUUGCGUUGCGGAAAUUCGAUCAGGUAUUGCAGAGGCAGCGAGUUCAUCACACUAAGAUUGUCGCCACCUCCGCUGUACGAGAAGCUUCCAACAGAUUGGAAUUCCUCUCUAGGAUUCGAGAAGAAGUAGGGUUUGAGGUGGACGUUUUGUCUGGGGAGGAAGAAGCUCGGCUUGUCUAUCUUGGCGUUCUUCAAUUCCUACCGGUUUAUGAUACAACUGUUUUAACCGUUGACAUCGGUGGUGGUUCCACUGAAUUCGUUAUUGGGAAGCAGGGAAAGGUGCUCUUUGCGACUUCAUUGAAGCUAGGGCACGUUACUUUAACGGAGGGUUUUGUUUGGGAGGGAAAACUCGUAGAUAUGCGGAACCACAUCCGUUCUGUUCUACAGGAGUCUGGACUGAUUGAGAAGGUCAGGGAGAUUGGCUUCGAGAUUGCCGUUGGUUCUUCUGGAACAGUUCGCUCCAUUGAGAACGCUAUUUUCAAAGGAUAUGGUCGUGGCUUAACGAAUAACAUCACACCCUUGGUGGAAUUCGGAAGGGAUUGGAGAUUCAGUGGGGAGGAACUUCGGGUCGUUGCUGAGAACCUGUGCUGUUUGGAUGCCGGAGGGAUAGAUGCAGCAAGGAGAGCUGGUUUUUUCAAGAGGCGGUCAGAGUUUAUUACAGCCGGUGCAGUUCUCUUGUCUGAGAUUUUUGAGUGUCUUGACAUUGAUGAGAUGCGAGUUUCUGGUUAUGCAUUAGGAGAAGGGAUCAUUUCAGAAAUUCUAGCUACCUCUUGUGAUGAUUACGACAUCAAUGUCAAUUCUAGGUGGCGAUCUGUUGUUCACCUCUCAACAAGGUUUAACAGUCAGAAGAAGAUGAAAUCAGCUGCGUGCUGCGCAAGCAUUGCUAGGGAGAUCUUUGAAGGUGUAAGGAAAUGUGAUGUUCUUACUCACCAUGAAAAUAAAUGUGCAUUUACCUUGGAUGAAAAAGAUCUUGAAUAUCUUGAAGCUGCAUGUUUGCUUCAUAACAUUGGAAUCUUUAUUAGUACAAAUCGCUACCAUAAACAGUCAUACCAUAUCAUCAAGAAUGGUAAUCAUCUUUAUGGAUAUAGUGCUGAGGAAGUUGAGUUAAUAGCGCUCCUUGCAAGAUAUCACAGGAAGAAGUUCCCAAGUUAUGAUCAACCGUCACUUCGGCAUUUCCAAAAUGAUAUGAACGAGAAAUUCAGACUCCUCUGUGCAAUCAUUCGCAUUUCUGUAGCAAUACAGCAGUGUCAGUGGAUGACCUUUGAAGGUCUGGAAAUAUCUCCUUCUGACAAGGAUUUCAAACUGGUACUUAGAAAAGUAACAGAUCGACCUUUGCUAACUGAUAGUAUGCACCAGUCAGUGAAGGAUAUUGAAGCAGAACUAAAGCCGGAGUUGGAGCACUUUAAAGAAGUUUUCCAGCAGAAAUUAUUGUUUGUAGCUCCCUCAACUUAAAACCGUCAAGAUGUACAGAUAUGGUGACGAGAUGCAUAUUCUUACUUCAGAAUGAUAUUCUUUUUCAAGCGCCAAUAACUCAGGUCCCUCCUCCCUUCUGGAGUUCUGUACCUUUUUUUCAUGCAUAGCAAGGCUCACAGUUGUGUUUAUAAUUUAUUCAGUGAAAGUUUAUAAGCAUACAAAUGUAAUCUGCCAGCUUACAACCAAGAAGGAAUUAUUGAGAAACAGAGGCACCCUGUGAAAUAUAUAAAGCCUUGAUUUUUUGAAAAAUGGAGACAAGCCACACAUUGAAUUGGUUUCCAUUUUACAAU